GUGAUUGGCUUGGACGGCACGUGGACGAUGUCCGUAUGUUUGCAGAGCCCGUUCUUGCGGCGAUCUUGCAGCCAGGAGGUGUCAGGGAUGGUCUCCGCUUCACCUUGCCCCGAGACCCUGUGGCUCUCUCUGCAGCCCUUCGCGAAGCAGAGGACGCUCAUGGAGCCUCUCUUCGUCUUCGCGAUCUCGCAGGGUGCUCUAGCCUCAGUGUUGGCGAUGAGGAUACAAACAGCAGCCACGCAAAUGGCUGUGAGAUCGCUGAAACUCAGAUGCUUCGACUCUGGCGCCGCCUUGGUCAGCAGCAAGGCUUCUCGUGCUUUGGCUGCGGGUGCCGGCGCCGGCGCCGUGGGUCUGGCACUCUGCGUGCCCCCCGCUCGUGCAGAUGGGGCGUCCGCAGACGUGCCAGCAUUCACCAUGGAAGCCCCGAAGUACGAUCAGUCCACCUUCUAUGGCCGACUGAUGGGCAUGUAUGACUACAUUGACCCUCGGACGCUUCUCUUGACCAGCGACGACCUGAAAAAGUCACAGGAGCUUCUGCAGAAGUACAAGGAAGCAGGAAAGAAGCCGGAAGGUGUGUCGGAUGCGGAUAUGUGGCAAGCAAGGAAAAAUGUGGAGGUUAGCAUUCACCCAGUCACAGGCGAGGAGUUGUUGAAGGUCGGACGAAUGUCUGCAUUUGUUCCGAUGAACGUGCCGCUUUGCGCGUUCAUGCUGAUGGCAUCUUCAACCCCACAAAUCCUUGCUGCCCAAUGGCUCAACCAGACGUACAAUGCUCUCAACAACUACGUCAACAGGUCAGGUGCAACUGUGGAGUGGUCCUCACUGCUGCAAAGCUAUGGCCUGGCUGUGACUGCAUCUUGCUCGAUCGCCUUGGGCGCAAGACGAUUGAUGAGCGCGGUGCCAUCUUUGCAGGUUAUGGGCCCUUUCGUGCCCUACCUAGCCGUGAUCUCAGCUGGCACUGCGAAUGUGUCCUUUACACGCCUCGAGGAGUGGUACGGCAAGGGAGUUUCCAUCGUGGACGACGAGGGAAAGGAACUCGGAAUGUCCAGAGCUGCUGGUCAGAUGGGUGUCUUGCAGACCGUGCUUUCGCGAUCUUGCUUCCUGCCUAUUGCUCCCAUGGUCAUGCCCAUCAUCGGCAUGAAAGCUAUUGGAAGUGUUGCACCAGUGCUGACAGCGGGUGCCAUGGGCGUCGUGACAGAGAUAUUGCUAAUCACUGGCUGCAUCUCUGGUAUGCUGCCAGUUGCCCUGGCGCUCCUUCCGCAGAAGAUGGAGAUUGCUGUCAGCAAGUUGGAGCCGGAAUAUCAGAAUCUCAAGGACUCCAAAGGGCAGCCCAUCACAAAAGUUUUCGCGAACAAAGGCCUUUGA